AUGCAGCGUCUCGUGAACGCACCGACGGCCGCUGCAGCGCGCGUGGAGGUCAGGCUGCGGCUGUCCAACAUUAUCGACAUCAGCACAACUGCAGGCAACUGGCGGCCGGAUGCGUUCAGUGAGCACAUCUCGCAGACAGCCGGCCUCGAUCGAGGGCAGGUCGGCAACGCUGCCAGCGCGAACGUGACCCUCGCAUUGAAGCUGCAUGGGGCGCAGCUGGGCCGUGGCAGCCCUGAAUUGAGUGUCAGCCUGAGCGCCGUUUUUGGGAGCCUGGCCCUGGGAUUCGACCCCACCCUGAUUUUGGUGACCACGUCGGCCCCUCCAACGGCACCGAUGUCACUGGCGGCCCCCGCGCCGCCGCUGUUCGGGCGCCGACUGGCGGGGCUGCAGCAGCUUCUGGGCCCGCUGGGACCAUCGGCGGGCCACGGGCCCGGGGCGGCAGAUGAGCGGACGGAGCGCGGCCAACUGUCGCAGAGGUUAUAUCAGCUGCGGCACCUGCAAGAGUUCCAGCAGCAGCAGCAGCAGCAGCAGCAGCAGCAGCAGCAGCAGCAGCAGCAGCAGCAGCAGCAGCAGCAGCAGCAGCAGCAGCAUGCGGGUGACCAGGGUGUGUGGAGUGACACCCUGUACGCCACGUUCACAGGCUUGGCAGUCGGCAGCAUGGCGGUGCUGGAGCGGUCGCUGGAGCGCAACUGCGGCGGGCUUGAGGUGCAACAAAAGCUGCCGGGCGCCUGCGUAAAGCCCAUUGCAGCCGCACUCUCCGCUGCUGGCGUCGCGCUUACCCCCGAGCCGUCAGCCGCCCUGCUGUCCCCGCCAAUCGCGGCCAUCGACGUGGCCGUGGCGGUGGCCUUCUCGCAGUCCGAGGUUGACGCGGGGCUGCCGUCUGACGUGGCGAGGUGGCUGGCUGACUACCAAUACGUCAACCAUGCCCUCACAGCCGCCGGUGUCAACCUGCGCGCUGGCGUGGCCGUCAGCUGGCUGCAGGCCCCCCUCGUCCUCUACGCCGAGGGCAGCAGCGCCUCUGGCAGUGGCAGCGCGGGCACGAGCUCCGCGCGUGGCGGCGGCGGCGGCGGCGAGCCAGGCCGGGACGUUGGUGUCGCUGUGGGGGUGGCGGUGCCAAUUGGGGUGUGCGUGGUGGCGGUGGCAGUGGGCGUGAUUAUUGGGCUGCGGCGGCGGCGCGCGAGACCGACGCUGACGCCGGUUGUCAGCAUCAAGCUUGACCAAGCCGAUGCAGAUCUGGUGACGGUGCGUUUCGUACCUGUAUGGCCGGAUGCGUGCGUGGUUGGUUAUGAGGUGUGUCUGGGGGAGGGGUAA